UUGUUGACCUUUGGGGUGGCUUUGGUGCUUUGUCUCGCGUAUCAAACUCAAGGAAGGCAGCUAUUGUUGUUUUAAUUCCUUUGCUUCGCGACGAGUACUUAGAGUAAACUUAGCAAGUCAACAUUAAUAUGAGCGCGUUCGGGCGACCAUGGCGAAGAUCUGGGAGUUCAACGCUUUGGAUAUAAACGACGAAACAAGUAAAGAUAUGAAUAACAGAAUUGCUUUCGGUAAGAACACAAAGGACCGAGCAACGGAGCAAGCUUUAAGAAGGCUUAAAUACCUCCAUACUUCACUAACCACAUCGAGGCAAACAAGAGGUUCGAGCUUGAAGCCGCUUCAGACGACAAAUUUAGCGCCGAUUUCUACAUUAGAAUCAGAGGAGGAGGAUGGAAAUGUUCUGGAUUGUAAAGGGAAUGAGAAUUUAUCGCUACAACCAAAACACAAGAAGUCUAACUUAAAGGUUAGAAGUAACACUAGACUUCGGUUAGCAUUUAGGCCUUCUAAUAUAAAGACCCAUUCAAGGCAGUUUACGAGUCAGCAGCGUCGUGAUAGGCCUGCGUUUUCGCCAAUUUCUACAAAAAAAGUUAUCCAAAUCAAGGAAAAACUUAAAGAUAGAAACGAGUCACAAGGUAGAACCGCAAAAUCUGCACCGGCAUCAAAUGAAAUGCUGGACUCGAAGGAUUUAAGUUGUCCCGCGUGCUUGGCACAUGAGCUGGCACGCGUCCAUAACAAUAAGGAGGUCAGGUAUUACACCAACAUGAAAAUAAACCAAGUAACAGUCUCCGCACGACCGCAGUCUGAAAAGAACAAAAAAAGAUCAUCCAAGGAAAAAGAGGAAUCUGGGACUCGGGAGAGAGGACUUCGCGUGCCGGAAACUAUGUACGGCGGAUGGGGCGUGCGAGCAAAGGAAGCUCAGAAACACCAUCGCGACUCAAACAGAUCGCUGGACGUUGCCAUCAGAUUACAAACCUUAAAGCUCGCACCUAAAGGUCCCGACUCAGGGGGGAGGGGAAAAGGUCAAAGAGAGUGCUUCCUUCCUCCCCCAACGGCACCCCCCACACCUGUACGGCAAAUUGACAUCAAAAUGCCCGAAGGGUAUUUCAUGCAGUUUAGUUUACAAACGGCAGCGUAGGGCAGUAGAGGAAAGACGAUAUGUGAAAUGUACAUGCGAACACUUGCUAUGCUGCCUACAGUCGUUUGACAAAGGUUACAUCGUCAACCGGCUUUGCGACUACGCGACAAGCCCGCAUGUAAGUGUAACCGUCGGAACUUGACAUUUACCGUGCGGUUACGAAAAAUGUAGAAACAAAUGCAAUACUGAAAGCAAAACUACCAGGUUCUGACACCAGCCAAAAAGUAGGCAAAAA